ACACCCCUCAUGGCUUUGCACUGCACACUGCUUCCUACUGUCUGACCACCACAGCACAGGAACAGCCGGGACUCAUCCAAUCAGAACCAUGCAGUCUGCCGAGGCCAAAUUCAACAAGAACAGCCUUCACUUGGCUCUGAGGAGAUACAGCUCAGCCGUCAGCGACAUGGAGCAGACCAUCCUGCUGCCGAGUCUGCUGAGAGACGUGCCCUCCGACCGGGUGUGGGACAGCGAGGAGGCGGAGGAGUCCUGUUGCGGUGACCUGUACGGAAACUACCUGAUGCUGAAGACCAUCAGGAACGCAGUGGAGAGCGGCCUGUUCCACCUGGGCGAGCACAAGCCAGAGGCCAGCACGGAGCUCAGCGACACCCGGCUGGACGCAGACCCCGAAGCCCUCUUCCGCUUCCACCUGAGCGGACUGUUUUCUGUGAUGAGCGACCUCACCAAGAGGUCUCAGAGCCUGACGGAGAAAUACAUGGACAUCAUCGGAGUGGCGAAUUAGAGAACAGGGGUCAGAUACGUGGACGCCGGGUGUUUGUAGAAGUGCUGUCUAUGCUGCAGUCACUUGAACAUCUCUGAACUGUUUACAUUCAGUGACCCCAUGCUUCUAACUCGUGGAGUACGUUUGCAAUCACUGCCCAAACUCUAAAUUUCUGUCUCUUCAUUUUGCAAAGCUCCAUUGAAACUGAUAUAAAGAUUAAAUGAUCAUGAAUGACAA